AUGAGUAUUGAGGAAAGAAGGGUUGUUGCAGAGCCCACAGAAGUAUUGGAAGAUGUUCCUUUGCAAGAAGAUGAUCCCGAGAAAUUCACCAGAAUUGGAACAGGUAUGAAGGAGAAGGCAAGAAAAGACCUCAUCCAGUUCCUGAGAAAGAGUAUCGAUGUUUUUGCAUGGAGUCAUGACGACAUGCCAGGAAUCGAUCCAAGUAUUGGAUGGAAUGUAGAGGUCUAUGUCGACAACAUGCUUGUGAAGAGCAUAGACGAGGGAAGCCAUUUGGACGAUCUACAAGAAACCUUUAAAACACUUAGGCGAUAUAAGAUGAAAUUGAACCCAAGUAAAUGUGCAUUCGGAGUAUCGUCGGGAAAGUUUCUGGGGUUCAUGGUUUCGCAAAGAGGAAUCAAGGCGAAUCCAAACAAGAUCCAAGCCAUAUUGGACAUGGAACCACCGAAGAAUAACAAGGAAGUCCAAUCCCUCACUGGACGAGUUGCUGCUUUCAACAGAUUUGUUUCGAAAGCCACAGACAAAUGUUUACCUUUCUUCAAAAUCCUCAGGAAGGCAUUCGAAUGGAUGGACGAAUGUCAAAAGGCCUUCCAAGACCUGAAGGACUAUCUCACUACAGCUCCAUUAUUAAGUUCGUCCGUGCAAGGAGAAGAACUGUACCUGUACUUAGCGGUGUCCCUACAUGCCGUAAGUUCAGCUCUAAUUAGAGAGGAAGGGAAAGUACAAAAACCUGUGUACUACACUAGCCGAGCACUCAAAGGAGCAGAGGGAAGGUACCCACUUAUAGAGAAAUUAGCUUUUGCAUUGAUAACAGCUUCUAGAAAGUUAAGACAUUACUUCCAAGUUGUGGAACUUAGUGAAUUCGACAUUCGAUAUCAACCGAGAAAUGCAAUAAAGGCUCAAGCCCUAGCAGAUUUCAUUGCAGAGUUUACUCCGAGUUACGAGGAUCUUGGGGAAGGAGAGUACAAUAAAAAAUGGGUCGUCCAUGUAGAUGGAUCGUCUACAUUGUAUGCUGGAGGAAUAGAAGUUGUUUUGCAGUCGCCAGAAGGAGACAAGUUAAAGUACAAGGCUCGUUUGCAAUACCAAACUACUAAUAAUGAAGUGGAGUAUGAAGCCCUUUUAAAGGGGUUGGAGUUGGCUAAGUCUGUAGAAGCAAACUCAAUACUUGUCUUGGGAGACUCUCAGGAAGAGAAUGUGGAAGCAGAUAUUCUGGCAAAGGAAGCGUCUGCGAAUGAAGCAGUGGACGAGUUGGAUGCAGUACAAUACAUGCCAAGUAUAGACCUUCCAGAAAUGCUGCAGAUAGAGGGUGAUGAAAAUUGGAUAACCCCAAUAGUGUCAUACUUGAAGGACGGAAGGCUUCCGGAAGAGAAGGGCGAAGCUAGGAAGUUCAAGAUCAAAUUAGCCAGAUACAUACUUAUGGAUGAAGUGUUAUACAAAAGAGGUUUUUCCCAGCCUCUCCUAAGGUGUUUGGCUCCGGACGAGGCAAACUACAUGUUGAGGGAGGUUCAUGAAGGAGCAUGUGGUAACCAUUCGAGAGCUAGAUCACUCGUCCAUAAAGUCAUCCGUAGCUGA